CGUGAAGCUACGUGGAGGAACUAUCCAGCCUGUUCUCGGUGCUUCGUCAGUGUGUCUCCUCCGCUUGGUUUUGUUUUUUCACCCCCGCCGGACUUGGAAUAUCAAGUGGCCGAGUUUGAGCAGUCCCACAGCACAUCUGUGAGAUGCUGUGCUUUCUGGAUACCAGGAGAGGAUAGUGGGAGUGAGAAAAUUCACAGUUAAGGUGAAAAUAUUCAUUAAAAAGGUUGCACGAUGGAUGAGACGGAGAAGUACCAACAGAGACUGGAGGCCAUUGCUGAGAAGCGUCGGCAGCAAGAGGAGCAGGACAAAACCAGGAGAGAGUUGGAGGAUGAGAAGAUCAGACUACAGCAGCUCAAGAGGAAGUCACUCAGGGACCAGUGGCUGAUGGAAGGACCUCCCUUGUCCCCAGCGUCCCCGGAGCCCCAGAGCCCUCGCUCCCCUCGGUGGGGCUCCCCCAGCCAUGAGUCUGAAAAUCACAUUACCACGGUGCAGUCAAAGAGUCUGCGGUUGGAUGAGGAGAUAGAGGAGCAGAUGGAGGAUGCGAGCCAAGUGCAGGAGGCAGUGACGGUGGAUGAGGCUGCAGCAGAAAUGGUGCGUGGUGUUGUUGUGAAGAACGGAGACAAUAAUGCAACAGCAUUUGAAACAAGUGAAGAUGAAGUGAACAAAAGCCCCCGACUGGAUGAAGCUGCAGUUGUCUUAACCAACGGUGGAGGAGAUUUCAGUUUUGACACUAAUCAGAACAGCAACGGACCGGUCGCUGCUGCAGAGGGUGUCGUGAGUAUGAAGUCAGAGCCUGAGUUGAGCCUCUGUGUUUCUGAAUCGGAGCCUGGUCAUGUUCAAAACGUAAAUAUUAACGAGGAGGACGAAGAUGAAGAAGGAAUUCUGGUGAUAAGAGCAGAAUGUGUGAUCAUCACUGAUGAAGGGGAGGAUGCACCAGAGGAUGUAAGACCCCAGGAAGAUGAGCAGGAAACCCCUCUGCCAGAUCAAGAAGGGGAGUGUGUGGAGGAGGUAACAGCUCCAGAAACCUUCCCACAACCAGACAAAAGUCAGACAUCUGAUCCCACUGCAGAGCCAGACACUGGAGACAGAGAUGUGGACGGUGACAUCAAGACAAAUGAAAACAUAAACGGACCUGAAUCUGAAGACCCAACAUCUGUGCAACUGCAGUCCCCAACCACAUACAUAGAGGGCGCUACUGUGGCUUUAGUGCCGGUCUACUCUGAAAUGCAUCCCUCUGCCGUCACAUCCAGGGUUGAGGUUGAAGUUGCAGCAUUGUCACCAGAGGGAGCCCAAGAUCCUGCCACUGCCUGCGGCCAGUUUCAGGAGGUGCCCCUGGCGGAUCCCCAGGUGAACCAGAGGACAGAUGUGGGGCAGGGGAAGCAGGAGCAGGAGCCCCUUCUCUCCCAGGUGGCAGCCCCUCACACUCAGGCAGAUCCAGCGGCAGUAGCUAACAUCCCAGCCAACUCAGAGACACACAGCCCAACCAGGGCGAGUCAGGGAGAGGAGAUCGUAGCACCCAAACGCAAAACCUGCCAGUGCUGCUCCGUCAUGUAGACAACCUCCCUGCACAUUAACUUCCUCUCCCCCUCUUCAGUCUGCAGGUCUCCCAUCUCUGAUGUUCAACUCCUUACACACUCCUUCCCCUGUCUCUUUGUUACAAUGCACCCACCCUUCUCAUCCCUUCCCUCCACCACCCGCAGCCAACAUUCCAUGUAUUUGUCUCGACACUUCCUCAUCCUUACGCUCAAGCCUUCAUACUCCAAGAGGAAGUUGGCUCUCUGCGACAUGAAGUGAGGAGGCGGAGGGAAUGACCUGGACUUGUCAGUGUUUAAGUGCCUUGAGGAGCUCUACAUUUGAAAGUCUCUUCACACAAGUGUAUUUUCAUUUCCUCGGUUUGGAGACGAGCCAGCCAAGCAGCGCAGCAUCCCCAAACCCCUGAUUUAGAUGCAGAUAAGCAAAGACUAAAAAAUUAUUAAUUUUAAUUGUGUCUGCAUGGGAAGUGCAUCUGGUAUUCUUCCUAAGCUGCAUAUGAGAUUUAACUGGAAUAGUCCGAAGAUCUAGAGAGGUUCAGAGAGGAUGUUCUUCUAAUUUAAUGACUUUAAAGCUGAUUUAUUUUAUUGUUUUUUUGACCUUUGUAUUAGAGACAUUUUAAUCAAAGUAUAGAGCUUGAAUAUUUUUAUUUACUUUGUAAUACAGGUUUUGACAAUAUAGAGACUAAUAGUACGGCAUUUAUCAGCAGCAGGUUGCAACACUGAAUAUUUGUUGGCCACUGUCAGUUGUAAAAGAGAGAUUGUUUUAAAAUACCUGAGAGUAUGAAAGCUUUGGAACAGGGGGUAAGGAGCUCCUGACACAGCUCUCUGCACGGACGUGUACACCGUAUACAGACAGCUUGUGAAGUUGAGAGUGUCUGAUUCAUGAAUGAUUUAAUGAUUAAACUGACACAUGUCAUACAAAGCUGGGUGUUUGUCUAACAUUUCUACUAUUUGUCCCCAAAAUCACAUUUCAUCAUCCUCUCUCUUUCUUAGUCCAGGUGAAUGAGAUCUUCACUGAAGCUCGAUCUCAGUUUUUAACUUCAGGUUAAAAUUUUAAUUCAUUUUUAUUGUGGUAAAAUUGAAUAGUUCUUCACCUGCAUGUUAAAUUCAUAAGUCAGCAUUUGAAUCAAAGUCCUUGGAGCAGAGUCAAGCUGAAGAUCCUGGUUACUUGUUAUGUUUUCACCCCUGUCUGUUUGAGUGUAUGGUUUGUUGUGUUUAACAGGAUUACACAAAAACGAUUUUCACAAAUCCUGGUAAUAUGAUGGCACAUGGGCCCAGAAAGAACCCAUACAAUUUUGGCAUGGAUCCAGGAGUAUAUAAUACAUUGCCCCUGAUUAAAAAAUGUAGCAUAUAAGAGGAAUUGAUACAGUUGCAUCUCAAUUUAGGGUCCACAUCCUUUGGAAGUUGCAUUUCUAGAUGAUUGCAUAACCGUGGUGUGACAUCGAAGGUUUCAACAGGUGGAUCCUUCUCAAGCCCACCUAUCCCAGAAUUCAUUGUGCUUCCCUGACUAACUGUUUUUCUAAAAACAGCAGCAAGUGACAUGACCAAAACGUCCACUGCUCACAAUUUAAAAUUAAUCUGUGUGUUAAUGGCCACAUCUUUCAAAGGAGGCGGCCCCUGAAUCGGGAUACAGCAAACAAGUGAUCAAUCUGAUACAACUCGUUGAAUUUAAGGGGACUGUGGGGCCUUGGCGGAGGUAUGCGUUCAACUGAGUGACAUUUCUUGAGGACUCCACCGAUAUCCUAUCUACACCAUGUAAGACACCACAUGAUAACCUGAAGUUUUAGUGAAUAAAACAAUCCAAUCCCAGGGUUCCAAACGAUAACAUAAUGCAUGUGUACUCUUUACUAACUGCUUACAACAAGCUGUGCAAAAAGAUGAGACUGGUAUUCCCUGCCCAUGUCUAAAAAAUCCCCCAUUUAUACAAGAAUAUGGCACUUGUCAAAACUGCCGGGGGUCCCAGCAGUGUCUCGGCCACAUCCUUCAGUAGUUCUGUGGUGAACAGCAGGGUCCUGACAAGGACCCUGACCAGAGUAUGAAUCAUUUGGGGGGGGGGCAGUUUGUCCUGUAACUGUAAAAUACGUUCCACAGAGAUCAGGUCUUCUCCAACUGUGAAGGGAUUUCAGAGAACAUUGCAAAGAGGCAGUACAAGACAGGAAGUGGAAGGAUAGUCAUCAAACUGCCCUAAAGAAGACAAUGACAACUAAGGGUCAUAUGCAGCUGGAUAUUGAAGUAAGUCGUGCGAUCCAUCUCAUAGAAACCUGUCAGUGGGUUUACAGAUAAUCGUGAAACAUCAGAAAAGAUGAGCUCAAUAUCCAGGUUGAGUGGCUUUUAUUCUCCAGAGUAGCUUUUCAGAAUAACGUUUAAUUUCUGUGUAAUUUACAUUUCCAACAAACUAAUUAAAGGGGGGAGGAAACCUUUUUUUAGGGAUUAAAGUGGUUUAAUUCCCUCUAUAGCUCUUUAAUCAACCGAGCAAUAUCUGAACCGAUUACUGACAAUAUCCAUACAUAUGUUUAUAUAUAAAGGUUUCUCAAGUGUGUUUAUUAAGAAUGAAUCUAAAAGCAGAUUGUAGGUUCUGUUGCACCAGGGAAACUUCUGUUAUUGCUCUUGGCAAAAGGUGGAGAUUAACAUUAAAUCUCAGAUUCACAGGUUGCUCUCAAGUGUUUAAUCGCCUGCUGUUAACAAUGUGUCACAGUCACAGUGAGGUCAGGAAGAACAACAUCCAAAAUAAACACUAAGUGAACUCAUUAUCCAAAUAAUUAGUUCAAUGCACAUUUAGUGUGUGUGUGUCCAAAGGCUCAUGGUUAUCGAGCUUUUGGAUCAUCUGGAUUUGUAACACAAGCCAAGGAAUCAGACUCGGAUUCAGAGAACCCUCACGAGACCAGGGUCUGGAUUUCAUUGAUCAAUCACAAAGCAUCAGUCCAGCUAAGGCAACUAAAGGACAGGAGGCAGGGCAAGGCAGAUUUCUAGAUUCUAGAAACGCAAAAAAAGGUCCCACACAAGGGAAGAAACACAAUAAAAAUCGCUGGAGUCGCUGCAGAUGAACGUAAUAACUAACAAUGGAAUGGACAGACUAUAUAAAGGGGUCGACUACAGCAUAGGCUUUAAUGUUCAGAAUGUAAGAUUUAGGUGAAAGGGAUCUAAUGGCAGAAAUUGGAUAUAAAAUAAUCAUAGUGAUGUUUACACUAGUGUGUUUCAUCCAAACUGUACGAAUUGUUGUUUUCUUUACCCCCAGAUUAUAUUUAACUAGUCUUUUAUUUACAUGAGGAGUGGGUUCUCCCUUCGGAGGACACCAUGUUUCCUACAGUCGUCCAAACUAAACACCUUCUGAGUUUUUAUGACCAAUUGAAGGCUUCCACGGGUUCUCUUUCAUGUUUGGAAGGGGAGGGGGAGGUGAGGGGAGAAGUGUUGAAAUCUGUGUUGUCCCAGCAGAGGGUCACUGUUCUGGUUGCAAAAAUAAGUCAAUAAAAGUCUUAGGGAAGUUAUCGUGCUUGUCACUUAUGGUCUCCUUUUCCAGGUUUAAAGGGCACAUGGUAUGCCCAUUUUACCACAGUUGAUAUGGUUCCUUGGGGUCUUAAUGAAAUGUCUGUAACAUAUUUUUUACCAAAAGGAUCAUUUAAGACAGCACCCUUUUACCCUGUCUAAAAAACAGUCCUACUCAGAUUGAACUGUUUUGAGUUAAUUUAGAGUAAAAUAGUUGAUAAAGCCAGGUAUACAUUUGACUGUGGAUAUAAUGUUAUUGACAGCUCGAGCCGUUCUAUUGGUUCAUGUUGCAGGUGAACCAAUAGAUAGGUGGGCGUGAGUUGGCCAGGGGUUCCUAUACUACGCUCAGCCAUACCCCCCUUUGAACCAUGAUGACAUCAAAACUGCCCUUAACAGGAAAGUACCAGUGUUCCAUUAAAAACUGGGGGGAAUUGGUGUUUGUUUCAUUCUGACAAUAUGUGACUAACCACCAGCCUUGACCAUUGAACACCAUUGUAAACAAGGAGUAGUACAAACACAUAAAACUUUUAAUUUCACAAUAACACCCCCCCCCCCCCCCAAAGCCCCCGGAUGGGUUGAUACGGAAGGUUUCUAUAAAAAACAGAAAUCCUCUUUGACACCAGCGUUCCACUGAAGCAUGACACAAACAACCCAGCAGCAAGACAGCACACGACACAGGGACAUGUUGGCUGUAUUAGUCGCAGUUCUCUGCUUGAUGUCUGUGGGCCACUCCGCUCCUCUGAUGUGCAAAGACUUGAUCCGGCCUUCGGAUCAACUGGAUCCACAUCAUCUGGAGGGAAGAUGGGUCUUAGUCGCUGGCAGUCUGGCCAAUAACCUAUCUCAGAAUAUAAUGCAAGCAAGAGACAGCCUUACAGUUGACUUCAACACUACCUCUUACACAGAAACGAGCAGUUUAGGUGACCGAUGCUUUCGAGCCCACUACAACGUCUCGAUGAAGGACCACAUCGUCAGCUUCAAGCAGAAGACCUUAAGCUUUACCGCCAACUUGCUCCACACGUCCUGUCUAGACUGCGUGCUGUUGACCGGCGAGUUCGUAUCGCCGUUUUAUUAUUCAAAGGACUUGUACCUGUUCAGCAAGAGGAGGGAGGUGACGCAGAAGGAGAUGGAGGAGUUCGGGGCUCAGGCGGAGUGUCUGAACAUGGGUCCGGCUAUCGUGAUGGAUCCGACCAUGAAGCUUUGCCCCAUGACGCCAGAGUAAAGGUAUCAGCUCGAGAGACUGAGGAGCAUGAUAUCUGCGUCCAUGGCGGAUAAUUAAUGUCAUGUAAAUAUACAAAGAGAUUUAUAAGAUAUAUCAUAUAUAGCAUCAGUGUUUUGAGUGUUGUUGGAAAUUGAGAUUAAACUGCUCAAAAAAUGUAUUUGAAUUCAUAUUAAAGUCAAGAGAUCAUUUCUAUUGUAAUAAUACGACUGAUGUAUUCUAUGAUUUGCCAGCUGUAAAUACUUUGUCCAAAAAAUGUUAUAUCUCUAUAACAAUGCUUGUAGUAUGUAGUAUUAUCACAUAGUCAUGUAUCUUUUAGUGAUUAAAGCAUUAAAUAUGUUGGACACAUUCGGUUUUCAAAUGUCUUGUGACUGUCUCAUUGACAAUUAUCCAAGUUUGUUUUAUAAAUGUUUUGUUUUUUACUCAGAUGUUCCAAUAACACUAAAAAUCUCUUAUUAGUAUGCUUUGAAUGAUGUGCACAUCUGUUUUUAAUAUGGUUUUGGGGGUGAUGACAGAAAAUCAACAGAAACAGAAACAGACAGAUGACAAACAUGAAAAUGGAAAACGUACAUAAAACAAAGGAAUGAAAUAUUAAAGUAAAAUAAAAAGACAAAUAUCUAUGUUCGAUGCUGCAAACAGAAGCAAUGAUACACAACAUAAAUCCAUUAUUCUUUGGUGUGGUGCUGGGCAAGCCUUGCAAAUGGCUGAACAUUCUUAGAGUUGGUCAUUCCAUUAUAUGACUAACCCUACUUGGAACGAGGGGGCGAGGGUGAUUUCCAUUCCUUAAAAAUGAGUCUUUUGUCCACAAUCAUCCCUAACACCAGGAUUGUUGCAUCGUUAUUAUGUGAACAGCUUAAGUCUGUUAUUAAAUCAGACUUUGGUAAUGUUACUGUUUGUCUUGUGACAGUCACAGAACUGACCGGUGGAGAAGGGACUCUGGCCUCUGUGUUGAAAAACAGGACAUUUCUGAUCCAACUACUUAUUAUAUAUAUACAAACUGAGAAUGAUGUUUUGCAGGAACAACAGCUGUUCAUAUAUUUUACAUAUUCAUAUAUAUGUUUGUUUAUGUGUUCCUAAGCUGUUAUUCAUCAAAGUUCUUCAUUUUCAGAAAAGUUUCUUUGGCAGCACAUUAUAAAUAAAGAAACAUUCAUUUAAAAUCAGAAAAGAAAGACAGCAAUGAUUUAAUUCAGUUUGAAGUAUUUACAUCAUUCAUAGGCCACAAUACUGAUAAUACUAAUAAUAAAUCCCUCACUAUCCCUGGUGCUCUGCUGGUGGUUGGCAACUAAACAUCAGAGUUUGGUCAAAUGUUUAAAAAUCCAUAGUUUUAACAGCCAGUUCCUUUUAAUAUUUCAAAACCCCAAAUUUGUCUUUUUUCUUAGUCAGACCCAGAUCUCUAUUAGUUACAAUACAACUUCAGAAAAUGAACGUUUGCAACUUUCAUUCACAGACACAUCCACUCUGAAUAAGUACAGUCUAUUAAACAUUCCAUCACAAAUACCCAGAGCUUGAAUACAGAAGCAUUACAGGGAACAAAGUCCUGCAGCUGGUGUUUUUUCUCACAGCAACAAGAAUUGUAAACACUUGUGAAGGACAGAUGGAAAGGGGACUCUGCUCUUUGGUCUUUACAGAUUUGUGAAACUUUCUGGGACAGCUAUAUAAAAGCAGCCAAAUCUCAUCCUCGAACACAUUCUCCCCAGGGCACCUUCAAACUCUCCAAUAUGUGUUUGGUUGUGUUUGCCGUCGCUCUCCUCUGCUCGGUGUCCGUGAGCCGCUCAUCCCCUGUGGCCUGUGAAGACCUGGUCCGGCCAUUGGACCGACAGGACCUUGGUCACUUGGAGGGGCAGUGGGCUUUAGUUGCCGGCAGUCUGAGCCAUCUGCCAAACCUGGAGCGGUUCAAACAGAGAGACAGUGCUGCUGUGAACUUCUCCAGGAACCACAGUGACAGCAACAUUUCCUACACUCGCGGCAUCCGUGUAGAGAACGGGUGCAUGUAUGCUACUUUCAACAUCUCCUUCCAAGGCAGCAGCUUCACCUUCGAUGGGACAGCUCAGAGCAACCUCUCUGCACACUUCGUCCGGACGUCCUGCCGGGACUGCACGCUGAUGCGCAUGGACCUGCCUCUGGAGAAGUGGACGCACUUGUAUCUGUUCAGCAGGAGGAGGGAGGUCGGGCAGCAGGAGAUGGAGGAGUUCAGAGCUCAGGUGCAGUGUCUGAACAUGCCUCCACCUGUGGUCAUGGAUCCUGAGAAGGAGCUUUGUCCAGGAGAGACGUCAGCAGCUCAGACGGAAAACUGAAAGAGAGCGAGGGGCCUGGAAAGACAAUUCAACCUGAAUUAAACACAAAAAGAGAUUGUGUGUUUAAAAUCAUUACACUUGUAUUUCCUGCUUUUCAACUGAUCUAUAACUACAAAUAAAAACACUUUUUGAAAAGA